AAAACACUUUUAAUGUAAAACACUUCUAAAUGUAAAUUAAGAAAGAUUUUUAGAAAACAGAGAACAUUGACAUUAAAUCACGAUAUCGUUUGCGCUUUGCUUUUAUUACAAACAUACGAUUUUAUUGUGUUUACAAUUGCAUAAUUAUCUUGUCCGACUGAUGUAUAUUUCCGAAGUCGGAAAUAGGUAAUAUUCGCGCUUACGUCAUCAAAAAAAAAAAAAAAAUGCAAAACAUUGCGUUGAAUGAAUCGCAGUAUAUCUGUUAUGCUUCGAAAUAGUUGAUCGCAUUCUCUUGAGACAAAAUAUGCAUAGAGUAUCAAGCGUUAAUUUACUGCUGUCUUUAUUUAUUAUAUAUGUGGUGUAUUCAGUUGGUUGCGAUCGCUGCUGCUUGAUUAGUCGCCACGAGUUACCGCGAUACGAUUUAAUAAAGACCAAUUCGCGGUCAAGUCAAGCGAUCAUAUCGCGAAGGAUUGUUCCCAGUGUGGGCGAGUGCGAGAAAUUCGCCGCCUCGAAGAGAGCCCUCGCCUUCAAUUUUAUCUCCUCGAGAAACCGUACCGGUGGACGAGAAAACACAUGUCAAGCUCUUCAAUGUCCCGAGGAUCAGAAUAUGACCACCCUCGUGCCUGUGGCGAAUUGCAAAUAUUACAGCAUGUAUCCCAUUUUCAAUCCACCUGUGAACGCCACGGUGGAGUGUGUUCCUAAAGCGGGGAUCUUCGUAUUCUCGUCCGAGAGUUUGAAUUACACGGAAGCGCGAAGUUUUUGCCAGAAACGAAACGCAUCGCUCGCGCAUGUGAUAAGCGAGGAGCGCACAGAAGGCCUCGGUAAAUACGUGUCGCAAAAUCAUUCCAGAUUCGUGGGUCUCAGCAGCGGCGAGAGCAAGGAGAGAAUUUGGAAGAAUGAAUUCGGCGAGCCCUUGUCGUGCUUCACUUAUCGAGGAUGGGGCGAGGGAGAGCCGUCGCACUCGAAAGGCUGCGUCGCUCUCGUAAAUCCGUCCGCCAAAAGUCCGUCGCCCUUCUGGAAAGUAGUGCCCUGUUACGCAUCGUUGCCGUUUAUUUGCGAAAUCUCGCCGUUGCCUGGAGAAUCGUCGCGACGGCGAUCUCAUCGAGAUCGUCAUCGCGCAUAAUAUAAACAAAAUUGUACAUAAUAAUAAACGCAAUUAUAA